AUAUUGCAGAAUGGGCCUAUAACUAUGAAUAAGAGCUGCGGCACUUCCCCCUCAUCAGCUUACAUACUACUAUACGACACAUAGAUCAGCCCAGUCGGUCCGAGGACACGGGGAUCCCACUAAUAGAUAUCUCUUCAGCCCUCGCGCCUUGCGCCUGUGUAAUUACUUAGGCUUACGCCGCUCGUUUCUUGUCUGUAAUCAGCAAAGUUAUUGAAAUCAUCGCGAAAAUGGCUCCCUAUUCACUGAGCAUGCGAUUCCCUACCGCAGUUCUCGUGGUCAAUAGUAUCGGUCUCGCGAUCUCGUUUGCUGCUGUUGGUUUGAGAUUCUGGUCUCGUUCUAUGCGACGAGUUAAGACGAGACUUUCUGAUUAUACAAUCGUUAUUUCGUGGUUAUUUACUCUUGGCCUCGUCAUUAGCGAAAAUUAUACCGUAACAAAGGGAGGAAUAGGCCAGAGUUCAGCCGAUGCGUCUCUUGAGGAGUUGUUGUUCUCGACCAAGCAAUUCUUGGUUAUCGGAGUCUGUGGAACGCUGGCAGUGACGUUCGUCAAGAUCUCGAUCCUUGACUUUCUGCUUUCCGUCUUCGCAGCCAACAAAGCCUUCCGUAUUGCGGAUUAUACCCUGAUGGGAAUUACUAGUGCCUAUGGGAUUAGCUUUACCAUCGUUACUCUGGCUGGAUGCCAGCCUUUCGAAGCCAACUGGGAUAAAUUAUCAUAUCCGGAUUACCAAUGCAUUAACACGUCGCACUUCUAUGUCGCUCAGGGAGCCAUCGGAGCAGUUCUGGACUGUCUAAUCCUCUUACUCCCUGUGCCAGUUGUGUGGACCCUCUCGAUGAAGACGAGCAAAAAGGUCGCUUUAACUUUCCUCUUCACCGUUGGUAUCUUGAUAUGUGCUAUCUCUUUCGUCCGUCUCGCAUAUAAUACUCAACAAGAGUAUAUGCUUACUCAUUUUACCGAAUACGGUGGUAUCGCGACGCUCCUCGGCGCCCUGGAAGCGAACCUGUCUAUUGUCUGCGCAUGCCUUCCGGCUAUGCCCCACCUACUGACUUCAUUCGCGGAGAAAAUAAAGAUGUCACUGGGAUCGGAGAACGGUGGAUUAAGGGGGCUUUUCAGCACCUUCUCAUUCGGAUACCGUAGGAAUACCCGAGGCUCUGUCAAGCUCAGCGAAGCGAGCGACAAGCGGGGAAACGUGUCGUCGAUGGACGAUGACGUAGAGAAGGCUCGGGUCCAGAAGCAAAUGGACAAGCUGUACCCGUUGAGCAUGACGGGCGCGAGCCGAGGUAGCUUUGACGAAGAAAGGGCGUGGACGCAACAGACUGGCCGAACCUAUGCCCGGGUAAACACGGCCAACACGGCCAACACGGCCAACUCCGGUCACAGCGAGGAACCGGUAGAGAUGACAAGGCUAGGAGAAAACGUUGAACCGUACAGCACUAUCAACGUGACCAAGAGCUGGAGGGUUAACUAAGGGGGCUAAGGUUGCCGCCACCUUGAUGUGUAUACAAUUUAUAUGUACAUUAUCACUCUGUUCGAUGAAGGACUUAUUCGAUGAGUCCUGACGGGUUAGUGGAUUACGAAUAUUAUGUCAAAAAUGGUAUGGUGUAUAUGCCCUCAUUUAGAAAAAAAUAAUACGAGUAAAAUUCAAACGAGUUGAAGCAUGAGCCAUUACCUGAUGUGAGGGUUGUUAGCGGCAUAUGCACGAAGGGCACGUGUGGUAUUGGUGUAGUAUUGGUGUGGUAUUGGUGUGGUAUUGCUGGGUAUUAGAUUCUCUACAAAGAUUGC